AUGAACGGUCGCAAUGGACCAUUAUCACCUGUCUCUGUAGGGGGCAGCGAAUGGAGCGGUAUCUCGAAAUACCAAAACGACUCGAUCUAUUCUCCCGGUCCGAACAAUCGCGGCCAGCUUGCUUCACCGCCUAUAUCCAGUGGCUCUAACGGCAGUACCAUGAACGGAGGUGGCUUUCCCCCAAGAGGUUCUCCUGGUGGCAGUCCAGGCGGCGCUCCAUCACCCCCGAGCUCAAUAGCGCGAUCGAGCACCGGCACUGGUUUAUACGCCUCGAGCGACAACAAUAGGAAUAUAAAGGACUCGCAAUUCGAAGGUAUACUUUCAGAACAUUACAUCGCUCUCAAGAGAUAUCUGGCCGCUUCAUUACGAGACGAGAAGGGCAAUCCACGACCAAAUAGGGCCCGGGACAAGCUAUUGCGGCUAUCGGCUGUUCAAUUCCAGGAACUCAGCACAGAUGUCUUUGAUGAGCUCUUGCGGAGACAACAAACCUCGAGAAGGCCGCCAAACGGUGGCCCUCCGCCUCAAAAUGGCCCGCCAACAUACCUAUUAGCCAAAGACUCAUUCCAUCCAAAGCGAAAUCAAGCCAGACAAAAGCUCUCUACCUUACCCCCACCCAGGUUUCGAGAUCUUGCAACAGAUGUCUUCUACGAAUUGGAGAGGAGAUUUCCCCGGUUUGUUGCUGGGGAAAUAGGUCGAAUGGGAAGCCCUGCUUCGGCAAGAGGGCCCCCAAGUCGAAAUGGCACACCUGUGAAUGGGGGUCCGCGGAUGCGGAGACCUUCAGAAGCAAACUCUACAUACUCGAUGAGAAGCGAUUCACGAGGACCCGGACCCCGUCCUCCAAUGAAUGGAGGACUUGGUAUCCCACCCUCUCCUGGACUUCCCCCUAAUGAUUACGGCCGACCUACACCAAAAACAUUUCAGAGUAAUACGAUAGUUCCGAAUAAAAGUACGAUGGUAGAAGAUGACGAGACGGGAGGCGAAGAUAAUGAUGAUGAUGACGGAGAUGCCUUUGGUUUAGAAGGAGCCGCAAGAAGAGAAAGCAAGAAGAGCACUCAGGGAUCAGAGACCGACAAGAAACUCAUUGACGAUUACCAAACACAAGUUGCAGAGCUGAGAGAAAGGCUAGAUGGCAUGGAAGAUAAUCUCAAGGCAAAAGAUGACGAGCUGGCCAGUGUUCUGGAUCAAUCAGCCUCGGCAACUGCAGAGAAGUCGGAAUGGCUUAAUCUGAGGAAGAAUCUGGAAGAUCAGGUGGCAGAUGCGCAAAAUCUAAACGAAUCUCUUCAAUCCGAGAUAGAACGAGUACGAGCGGAUCAGGCUAAUACGGAGAGGGAACUGCGAACAGAGCUAGCAGAGGUUAAAUCAUCUGGAGACAGAGGACUUGGUGGAGAUCUGGAGCAUGAAAACCAGGAGCUUAGAGCAGAACUGGACGAUCAGCAGCGCGAAAAUGGGGAACUUAGAGCAGAACUUGACGAUCAGCAGCGGAUUACAGACGAAGUUCGCCGGGAAGCCCAAGAAUUCCUCGGGGAAAUGCGGAUACUUUCAGAACGCAGUAGUUCAUCAUAUGAUCGGGAGGAGCAACUCUCAGAAACUGUCAAUAGACUGGAGGCAGAGGUCAAGGAUUGGAGGAAUCGGUACGCCAGGACAAAAACCCAAUUACGCGGUCUACGGGCUUCCUCAAUCGGUCUCACAAUCCAACCUAACGCUGCCAAAUAUACCAAGGAUAGCGGUUUCACUCAAGCAAAUGGAUUGAUCAAGGAUGUUCACAUCACGAAAUUCCAAAUCUCUAUCGAUGAGAUUCUACAGGUAGCCCGAACCGAUGACCCGUCAAGAGUUAUUGAGUUUGUGAAAAUCGUGGUUGUCAAUGUUCGGAGGAUUACACAAGAUAUUGAUGAAGCAACAUCUAGCAGCGGCAAUUUAUCUCCACAACAGGGAAAACUGAAGUCAAGGGUGUCAGCAACGGCCAAUAAUUUGAUCACAGCUGCGAAGAAUUUUGCAUCUGCAAAUGGACUUUCUCCUGUAUCAAUACUUGACGCAGCAGCCUCCCACCUUACAGCAGCAGUCGUUGAGCUUGUUCGAACUGUCAAGAUUCGACCCACCCCCGCCGGCGAACUCGAAGAUGACGAUGAUGGAAAUUUAGCACCAGUAGACUCCACGGGUUUCUUCCCAGUCCGUGACCCAAGGCAGGAGAACAGUCUUCCAGCGUUCCAAGGUCUUCGCGCCGGGCGUGCGAGCGGCGACUCGUCAAUGUACAGCCCUUUGAAUUCCCCACGAGAAUCAGCCAGUGUGCGUCCCAGAAGUUCUAGAGGUCCCCAAAAUGGCUAUAUGAACGGUGCAAGCAAUAAAAAUCUUCCACCUGCGCCUAUGGGUCUCGGUUUCGGCAUCAGAACCAAUGAUAAUGAUGUCGAAGAACUAAAGGUUUACCUUGAGGAUCAAACUGCCAUGCUCGUUCAGAACAUCCAAUCUCUUGUUUCCUCGAUCCGCUCAGAAGCAGGAAUCGGAGACAUCGCAACUCAAAUCGCGGCCAUUGCAGACAACGUUGGCAAAGUAGUCUCCUCAACUGAGACGGCCAUGUCCUCCACAGGCAACGCCUUGUUAAGAUCACAAGGCGAACCUAUCUUGAGAAAGUUGUCAAACUGCAGACAACGCAUACUGGACGCGGGCGAACUAGGCCGCGACAUCGCAGACGAGGGCCGAGAUGACGAGGAAGGAGACCAGGCUUGGAGAGCAUGGAACCAAUCUCUACCACCGAUCGCAUUUGAGAUCGCAAGGGAGACGAAGGAGUUGGUACUGAAGGUGGAUACUAUAGAUGGUGGUGGGCGCGGCGACGACGAUUUUUCAUGA